AUGCCGCGGCGGGCGACGCUCCUGCGGCGGACUCGAGCGCGCCCUCCCUCGCUGAGAGAGCCGAGCCCCCGCAGUGCACUGAAGGCUCGCGCGUGGAGAGUUUUGCCUGCAGCGCUUCUUCCGUCUCGCUGUCUGCAGCCGCCCUUAGAAAGCCCCUGGAGCCACGAAGGCGCGCGCCGUCCGCGCGCGUCCCCGACGUCCUGCUUCGCCUCGCUGAGCUGGAGGAGACUCGCGCAAACGCUGGCGGCGGCUCCAGGCGCACAGCGUGGGGACAGUCCUUUGGUCUUUGAGCUCCUUCCAGGGCGCAGGAACUCGCUCUCCCCGCCUUCGCGGCAGUCUUGCGCUCCACAGAACGGACUCGCCUCUGCGGCAGGCGCCUCUCAGCCCUCUGCGCGGUUCAGAGGAUUUUCUUCUUGUUCUUCGUCUGCCCCCGGCUCUGCAGGAUCUCGCUCGGACUCAUUGCCAGCCUCUUUCUCCUCCCCCGCUUCGCGUGCUUCAGCCCGGUCUGCCGCGCCGCGCGCCGCUUCGCUGGCCUCUCCGGCGGCGCAGCCUUCCGCAGUUUGGCAGCGUCUCGCGUCGCUCGCCGACGAGACUUUUUCGGCUGCCUCUCCAGGAUACAUUCGCAGCGGACAGAGCCUUCCUCCACAGCGCUUCUCGUCACCGCCGCCGGCUGAGGCAGCCCGUCCGGCGCUCGGCCUCUCGCUGUCUCCCAUCUCAGGCUCUGCGUCGACGCCUUCGCCUUCGUAUGCGGGUUCGCCGUCCUCUUCGGGGGGGAACUCGAGUCCGCGCGAAGAAGCCGCUCCAGCUGCUGCGGCUUCUGCCGUUUCGGCCUUUGCUUCUUCGGCGCCGCUGCACUUCCCGCGGCAUGAGUCCGUGAGGCAUCUGCGCGGGAGCGCCGCGCGAGGAGACGAGACUUCUGAGGCGGAUGGACCCGCGGUCGUCAGGGUCUCUCGCGCGACGCCGAGAGCCGCUGGCGACCGCGAGCGGCGCGGACUCGCCAAGGCGGGAAGGCCUGCGCGGCGCUCCCGCGCAGAUGCCGAGGAGGACAUCGCGAAGUGGCGAGGCAGGAAGCCGGAGGAGCUGCGUUCGAUUCAGCGAGAGCGGUGGCUCCUUGAGCUUCUCACGAGUCGGUCGCCCGACGCGCUGGCUGGCGUGCAGCGAGAGCUGCUCGCCGUCCUUCGAGAAAGGGAGCAGCACCGCGUCCGAGAAGAAGAGCGUAUCGCCAAGGCCGGAGACGCCCGCGGCGCGCGCCGUCGCCCUGCGGCGUCGACGCUUCGCCUCGCCAGCCGGGGCCUGCCGCACUUCCCGUAUCCGCCGCUGGUUCACGGAAGCAGAGGCCUUUCGCUUCUCUUCCAAGCGCUGCGCGAGACGCCCGCCGGCGCGCCCUGCAUCGGCGCCUCAGGCGCCCAAGCGGCUGCGGGAGGCGAGGCGCCGAAGCCGCUCAGCCCGGCGCAGAAGGCGCGCGCAGUUCACGAAGUCGUCCGCGACCUCCUGUAUCACCUCCCGCACUUCUCAACGAGCCACGUUGCUAUCGUCUUGCGGCUACUCACGGCGUCUUUACCUGCGGCCUGGCUCUCUGUCUCCGCGGCGCCCCCCUCUGAUCUGCGUUCAGCCGCCCAGCGCGCUCCAUCCGAGCACCGCCAAGACGCUGCGACGAGGCCGUUUUCGUCGGCAGACUCCGACGAAAACGGCCUGGUCACGACGUCUUCCUCUAUCUCCCGCCGAGGCCUCCAUCCGCCCGCGAGGCUCCCGCGCGCAGGCGCGUCUGCUUCAUAUCUCUUUCUGCGCGAUCCGAUGUGCUUCGAGGCCAUGACGCUCGCGGAGCUUCGCGUUGAGCUCCUCGCAGUCCUCGCACGCCGCGUGUCGUCCCCGUGGUUGGCGUGCUUUUCUCCCGAUGAGGUCGUUGCCCUCCUCUCCUUCGCGAGCCACGUGGUCACCUCUGCCUCGUUUUCGUCCGCAGCACCUUGCCUCGACUGCGGAGGCGCGACGCAUGGCACCAGCGGCGCGGAGGGCGGGGCCUCCGCGGCCUCCACUAGGCGGCAGGCGCUGCGGAAUAACGCGAAAAGCGCAGACAAGGCGGCAGUCCGAAGACGCUUAGAGGACGACGUCGAGCUGCGGGCGCUCCUUCAGCGCAUUUGCGCAGCGCUGCAGGACAAGCUCGACGCGUUUGCCUCGCUCGCGGAUCUCGCCGUCCUCGCGCAAGCUCUGAGCCGCCUAGAGAGCCUCGAGGGUCGCAUGCUCAGAGCGGUCGGCGACCGCGCGGGCGAGCUGCUGGCGCUCAGGCGCGCGCGGGAGGAGCGGCUCGCGACCCGCAGAGGACUGGAGGGGAAAGGUCUUUGCUUAGAAGCGCGCAGGCGGCGUUGGGGCGCGCUGUCUGUCGAGGCAGGAGCUGAGGAGGACUCCGAAGAGCGCCAAACAGAUCCGUACUCCGCCGCGGCUUUCCAGGAGCUCGUCUUGAAGGAUCUGAAGAGCGCCGCGGUGCUGUGCACGCUGAUGAUUCGGCUGGGCGCGGUGGCUCCCCUGUUCCAGCGCGAGCUCUUCCUCUGGCUCUCGCACGUCGUGCGGGGACUGGCUGCGGCGUCCCACGAGGCGGCGGAGCUGCUGCUGCAGGCCUCCGACGCGCGUCCAGACACACGCGAAGGCGCCCGCGACGGCGCGGACGCCUCCCUUACGCGAGCUCCCGCUCAGGACUGCGACGCGCGGGGCCGCGUGAGUCUGCGCGACUUUUCGCAGCGUUCGUCCUCGUUCUUGCCUGCGCUCGCCACGUGCCUCGUGGACAUGCUGCUGCAGCGCGAGCGAGAGGGCAGAGACCUCUGCCUCAGGAGGGACAGUCUCGAGGGGACUCCAGAGACAGAAAGAGACGACCAGGCCCGCCAGCAGCCGGCGGACGCGAGCGACGAGGGUUGUCGAGGAGACGGCGAGGGCGAGGAAAAUCUUGGCGGCAAGCAUGGCCGCGGUGAGGCGCUUGCGCGCGCCGGACAUGAGGCAGAAGACACUUUCCUCUUUUUGGCGACGCACGGAGUCAGGUGGCUGCAGUCGCCGGUUCACACAGUCAGCAUCGUCCGCGCCCUCGCGCUGCUGGCAAAGAGAGAGGCAUUGGAGUGGAGAGAAAAGGAACGCGAGCGACAGCUGCUCAGCUCGGGAGAGGACUGGCGUGUCAUCUGCCCGCAGGCAGGCGCCCACCCUUCAGACGAGGCCUCUCUCACGUCUUUAUCAGCCCCGCGCGCAUUCGCGUCGUCCGAGUCCCGGUACCUGACUCGACUUUGCCGCAUUCAAACGACUCAAGCGCGCGCGCUUCAGCACCUCCUCUCUCUCCUCGCCUCGUCUGAUCUCGCGGGCGUCUCCAGCUCUACUCUUCCCGCUGUCGCUCUCUCUGCAGUCGCUACGCCCGCCACUUCUGCGUCGUGGGAAGGAGCCGGCUCUCCGUCUAUUAGCCGACCGUCUAGCUGCGGUCCGCCCCUCGACUUUGUGCGUUUGCGUCCGCUGCUGAUGGCUUUGCUGGAGUCUGCGGAGGCCGCUCGGCGAGGGCGCGAGUUGCCUGGGCGUGCGGGAGAGCGCGGGGCGGAAGCGUUGGCGCUGCGGCUCUCGCUGUUGCUUCGGCAACUCGUUCUGGCUACGCCCUUUGCACACAGAGAGUCGGACAAGCACGCAACGCUCAUUCCGUCGCUGCGCGCUCGCCCGCAGGAGCUGGAGUGGGCUUUCCCGCUGGCGCUUCGAGCUGCGGCGGCUGUCGCGUGCCUCCUGGCUCCGCCGCGUCCGCGGGCCCCAGACCCCGCCGCUUCUCCGCCCCGUCUGAGCCUCGCCCUCGAGCCUCAGGCGGCGCGUCCAGGAGGCUCGCGCGAGGUCGCCGACCGGCGCGGCCCUGCCGCAGGGGGGAGCGAGACGGGGGACGACGCGGAUGGCGACGCCGCGCUGCCGCACGUCUGCUCUCAGCCUUCGUCGGGCGUCUGCGAGUCGCCUCAGGGGGAGGCGGCUCUCCCCGCGCUGCUCGCGGCAGUGGACGCCCUGGCGGACGCGUCGCUCUCUUCGCUUUUCCUGCUGCGGGCGCGGGCGGGCUCCCACGCCCCUCGCCACCCCGCCGCGCAGGCGCUGAACGCGCUGCUGCUCCGCCUGCGCGCGCUCGACCCGCGCAACUCCGCGUCGGCGCGAGACUGGAGCCUUCCGCCGAAGCAGGCGGAAGGCCCCAGUGGGGCCAGAGAGCCACGUGGAGGUGGAGCGGCAGGCAGUGGAGACGAAGCAAACGCCAAGCACCACCACCCAGAGACGCAGCGGCCGUCGGAGGCCCGCGCCCCGAGCGGCCCUGAGCGUGCGCACGCGGCGCAGGCGCAGGGAGACCUGUCGAGGAAGGCAGACGAAGACGGGGAGCGGCAGAGGCCUCACGCAGACGAAGACGGCGCUGAAGAUUCAGUCGGCGAACUGCGGAGGCGCGUGGUAGACCGGCUCUCGAGCCUCGCCGCGUCGCUCCGAAGGUGA